AUGCACCAUCUAGAACCGGCGUUUUUCUGCGCAGCGGCCAAAACGCUGAUCGAAAUCGUUCGCGGAACGCAGGGCUACUUGCGCCGCAAAUUUCCGCAGCUCGUGCCGGCGGUUUGUAAGAUGAACAAGGUGUUGAACGAAGGUGGGGCCGCGGAUGUAGUGCAAGAACUAUCAACCACGAGCAGGCAGCUGAACGAGCAGGAUGCCGCCGCUCGCUCCGACGAGCAGGAGCUGGACCGAAUUGACUUGGCGAUUCAGUCGGUCCAUGUGCUGGGCACGCUGGCCGAAAUCCCCUCGGUCGCGGCGUUUCUCCGUACACCAGCGAUUCUUUCGGACGUCAAGGAGUUCUGCGAGGUGGUGCGGGGGUUUUUGAAACACUCGGCCGACUAUUUCUUGCACGGGCAAGAACAAGAAGGAGAAUUGAACAGCGACGACGAACACCAGCAAAGUGCUGGAGGUGACAAAAAUACCGCGGUGGCCAGCGCCACGACGACUGCGUUCGGCAAAAGCCUGGCGCGGCGGCGCACCUUCCGGGCGACCCUGAGCGUAGCGCAGCCCGUGGCGGCGCUGAAAAGUGCAGGAGGUGGUACAACAUCAAGUCAGCAAUCGCCUGCCACGUCGCCGACCGGAGCAGGUGCCGGUUCUGUGGUUUUGGCUGGAAUUAUGAGUACUACUGCAACUACCGCAGGGCAGCAGGACGGAGUCUACUCAGCCGAAGGGAAGAACUCCAAUUACAUGGAUGGAGCUGCUGCAGCAGGAGCAGCGGCUCCGACGUUGCUAGAAGCCUUUGGAGGAUGUCCUUCUAGUGAUGGCGAUCAAAAUGUGCAGGAAGUUUCUGCAGCCAGCUCACAAAACUUCAAGCGCGACCCGGCAAGACUCGCGGCGGAAUUCGCAAAUAAAAGUAGUACCAAAAAUAAACAGCAAAACCACGACGAUCAGGACAAUAUCAGCAGCUUCUCCGAAGAAAACGACAGGAAAAACAAUUUCGGCGAAACUAGCGAUUCCGAAACUACCUCCGACUCCGACAAUUCUUCGUCCGCGGAGCAGCUCUCGGGUUUGCGUUUGCAGGAGAAAUUUAUCGUUGGAAAAAAACUGUGUAAGUGUAAGUGAGUCUGUGAUGCAGAAAAUGCAAAUCAGUUUUCAUGAUGCUGUUUAUGUUUUCCCUCAAGACCUACACUAAGACUCAAAGUUUUUUUCUUGGGAUAAAACUGUGGUGCGUUUUACUACGUGUGGGCUCGUCUGGAACGGCGUUUUUGGCCGAAAACCGAAAGACCUUCGUGCACCUGAUUGAGUACCUCGCCCAGUCAGAUAUCCUCUGCGAGUCCGCGCUGCGCGACCCCCUGCUGCUGUUGUGGGAAAAGGCGGCGCAGUGCAACGACUUUGAGUUGCUGCAGUUGUCCGUCCCUCUGUUUUCCGACUUAUUGCACCACGGAACGCGGACCAACGACCCCGACCUGCUGUUCCGCCUGUCGUCUUGCGUCUUGGAGGACGCCGUCGCGCAGCUAGAUGCUUCGACCUCCGUAGAGCUUGCCCGGGGGAUUUGCGUCGCAAUUUUAAAGCUCCGGGAAGAAAUCACCGGGGAGGUGAGCUUAGGUGCACUCCUGUGCGACGGCGGGGCCGAUGAUGAAAAAGAACGUAAUACUAUCAACAGGUCUGAUGUUGUCGACAGGAAGACGCGCUUUUCAGCGAGGCUCUCUUCGUCGAUAGCGAUUGGAAGUAGAACAGCUACACGUAACUCCAAAAUCGUCGCAGCGGGAACAUCAACAGCUACUUCUUCUAAAAGUGGCAGAAGCACGAGGAAAAUGGAUGGUUCUGGUUCCAGUGCGAACUACGACGUAAAUAGUUGUAACAUUAGCAACCUGACGCUGACCGAGCAGCAGCGUAAGAGCUGCGGUGCUGCUGUUACAGGUCCUAGCACAACUUCUGCCCUCCCGAAUCGCGAAAGCGCUGUGCCGGAUCAACACCGCGUGGGGGCUUCAUCCUACAAUCAGGAUCUUUUCAUCCCAAAAGACGUGCUGCGCGCCCUGCAGUCGCUGCUGAUCGUUUUGUCUCGGCUGCAACGGAGGUUUGGAUACGCCGUGCAGCAAGUGGUGUGCGACGGGUUAAAAAUUAUGUUGGCAGCUCCUGCUCCAGAAGGAAGUAGUAUAGGACCUGGACCGCCAGGCCAGGACAUGCGAAAAUCUGCCUCGUCGUCAACCACGCUGCCAACAACUCGAAAGAGCAAUAAUUCGAGCACUCAAGCCUCUACUAAUUCAUCGACGAAGCCCUUUCCGGUGGACCUACUCCUGAUUGCGCUGCACCGGUGCCAGACAUACUAUUGGAGCCGCGAAACUUCGUCCCUGCAACAGGAAAGGAGCGAUGAAGUGAAUUCUGCGCUGUAUAAUGGUGACAGCGGCUGGAUGAACGACAGUAGCGGGCGGGAAAGUAAUAAAUCUGGCACUGCGAGCCAUCCCAUGAUGCCGGGAAUUUAUUCAUUUUCGAGAAGCAGCACCGCGGCAAAUCGUUUAACAGAGAGUGAUCUUGAAUUCUCCCGCGAGAGCACUACACAACUCCCCGUCCCCGAUAACAAAGGCCCUUUCUACCUUACGGAAAAUGACCCACUACACCCGGCCUGGUUCUUGCAAAUCGUGCUUGAGUUUCUCGAAAGCUUUGGCCCGGUACCGGAAAACUACCGUGCAGUUCAAGAAUCAGUAGUCAAGAAGAAGAGUUCGAAUCAUCAAGGUGUUGAACAAGAUAGUGCGCAUGAAGUAGUACUAGAGCAGCUGCCAGAUAAUGCUGGUGUACAACAACCAGCGAUGCAGUCGCCACACAACCCUCGUCCGUUGAAUGCAGCUUCGUCCGGCGCACCGGAACUACAACCGCACUUCUUAUCCCCUUCACCAAUCCUUCUGCAACUCCUCUGUGCGGCGCACUGCUGGCUACUGGAAACGCGAAUGGAUUAUAUCGACCCGAUGCCGAUGAAUAGUAGUGGCUGUACCGCUCCAGGAGGAGGGCCUGCAGCAUCUACUUCUGCCAUGGAAGUAGAAGGAGAUGAAAGGGGCAAGCGCGACGACUACUACACCACGAGCAGUACUAGCACAACGAUAAAGCGGGAGAGCAGCGGCGAUAAAAAUGGUCAAGCUGGCGCACAUUUUUAUUUUCAACCAGCAGGAGCCGGUCGUAGUUCAAAUUCCUCCAAGUCCAAGCGAGAGCACGAGCAGGACCUCGAGUUGUCGAAAGCAGGAGGUGCAAGAACACCAAGAACAGCGGAGAUGAAAAAGCGUUUUCUUCACUGUUGCAACAACUCUAUCAGCACAGUGUCGCAACUGCUGUCGCAACUUUUAGCCGCAGUAGUGGUCCGAGCUCCACAUGUUGACGGAGGUCCUGCUCUUGAUAGUGGCGAAUUACCAAAAUCCAUUCCAGGCGAAGAAGAUGAACUACAACAAGCCAUGAACACGAGCAUCCGUGUUUUUGCGAUUGAAAACUUGGAGAACACGUUGAAACUAGAGGAUCAUUUAGCGGAUACAAUUCUCGCCUCCGUAGUUUCCGCACUGCGGGUACUUCUCAUCAAUAAUCCCACUCGACGUCCGAUCGGAUGCGGAUCAAUAAUUCCAGCACGACCGUCGCCGGAUGAUACUAAUUUUUUUCCUGUUUCUCCGGACACCGACCUGGUGAUCGCUAAACUGCUGCAGCAUAGCAGGACCACGCGAAGAUCUUCUUCUGCCGAGAACUUCUACUUACCGAGUUUAAUCCUCUGAAAAAUGCAUUCCUGUCUGCAUCUGCGCAAAAGGUAGUGUCUCGGAUUCCCGAAGCGCUUGAGAGUACGCACGGCUGGCACAUAAAUGCUGCGGCUGUUUUCGGACCUCCGGGACCUUGGCUUAUAGAAAUCCCCGGCCCUGGCGGUCCGUAGCUUCGAGUGCUUCGAUGCCAAUUUCUCAGCGGGCAUGGUACUCACGCCGUCGCCCGACCGGGUCCGAGGGUGUGUCUGCAGGGGUUGUUGCAUGCCAAUUUGCAAUGUUUUUUGUGGCGCGUCUCGGACGGCUGACCGCAAGACACCUCAACCGGCCUGAGUCUAGCGCUAUGGCCGGCAUUGGUGGCCUUCGCGGUUGGGCGCCAGAAUUAGAGCGCGUUACGCUGGGCUGUGUUUUACCCUGGCCCCGGUUUUUCUCUUACGCUUGGUUUCAGUGUGUUUUGCCCCAGUGCCUCUCUGACAUUCUCCGCCCGGCUCUCUUUCUGGCGGCGGCGCUUUCGUUCUGCUUGGAGCCUCACGCGCCGUUUGAGUGCGGCUAGCCCCGAUGCGUUGACGGCCAGCCAAAGGUCUUGGAUUUGCAUCCGAGCAACCAUGAGGGCAAGUGCCGGCCUUCCGGGAAAUAGCCUUUGGGGGUCGUCCUUGGGGGUUCAAGAAUGGGGUAUCCGACAUUUUGCUCCGAUGCAUUUUUUUCCAUCGUGAUUCGCUUCAGAAAAAAACGCAUCGGAGCAGUUUUUUUUCGAGGUUCUUGUUAGAUGUAUAUGGACAACAUUGGAUCUCGUCCAAUCUGCUCUGAUGGAGACAGCGAUGCGUUUUUCGGAUCGAAGCCCUGGGCCUUGAGUGCCUUUGGACCGCUAACAACCUGAAGAGGUCCAUCAGGGCAACUCACGCGAGCCUGGGGGCAUUGCUCCCAACUUUGGUGACGAAAUCGAGGAAAACAUCGCCCAGAUCCCUGAUCCGGAAAACGCAUCCGUGUCUCCAUCGGAGCAAAAUGCAUCACCAGCAAACUUGCUCCGCUACGGUUUUCCUUCACGGAGGCACGGGUGUGCUUUUCGGAUCAGAGAUUCGAGCAAGCAAAGUAGCGAACUUGCUCUAGUGCCUUCGUUACUGCUUCGCUCUUUGUAAGACGGCUUGGCCUCUCUCCAAAUGCAGCAGAGCAGCCUCGUGUCUGAUAUCAGUGCGCGCGCCAAUGUCUUCAGGGCGGGUAGGUUUUUCGCUCUGUGUGGCCCUGAUGCGGAGAGGCGGGGAAUUGCAUCGGAGCAAACUUCCAAAAACCUGCUGCAACAACCCCUUCCGAGGCCUUUUUCGUGCUUAUCAGCCCAAGCAGGUCAAAUUGUCUUCGAGCUCCUACAUUUUGCGCAGAUGCUGGCGCGGAUGAAAAUUUUGCGAAGAUCUUCUUCUGCCGAGAACUUCAACUCACCGAGUAGUCUUAUUAGCGUUAGCGUUAGCGUUAGCGUUUUGAGAUUUGUUCGAACAAACGAAAUUUUUUUUGAUUUUGCAUGUCACGUUAGCUACUUUCCGUUCAGACGAAGGAAUAGUAUCCAAUAUCAUUCAAACAAGCGCCCCACCCGCCGCAGCAGCUUGGCGGAGCAGCCCUCGUCGGUCCCGUAUGUGACAGCCAGGCCCUUCAGCUCCAUGCUCCGCAGCGCCUAACUGGCGCGCCCUUCUCGGCACGCAAAAGAGUCGCGACCAAGGUCGCCGGUGUUUUGCCUGAUUUGAAGGAAAAUGCGGCAGAUUGUAAUGCGGGUUUGAGUUCAGGCCCGGCGUUCAUUAGCGUUCUCGGGAGGACCAACAAAAAACGGCAAGAUUUCUCGUCAAAAUCAUGCGACUUUGCGUGGUCGCCAAAAAAAACGCUAAUAAACUCAUGAUAGCGUGCAGAAAGUGUAAAUUUAUGUCAACACCUAAAAAACGCUAAUAAACUCUGGAUAGCGUGCAGAAAGGGUGAGCUUAUAAAAAUUCGCUUUUUUUUUUCGCGAGAGCUUCCACGGUGCUAUCAUGAGUUUAUUAGCGUUUUUUGUGAAUCCAAGAAAUGGAAAGCUUCCCCGGUGCUAUCAUGAGUUUAUUAGCGUUUUUUUUUGCGACCACGCAAAUUUGCCUCUGAUCGGGGGGUCAAAAUGACCUCCGAGGGCAAAAACGCUAAUGCCAGAUUUUUGGAAAAUUGAUCACUUUUCUCGAGUGCAAAAGCCGCAAGGGAAAUACAGGUCUUGAGGCACUCCAGGAAGGACGGCUUGUCGGCCCGCCGCAUGGUCAGGCGGUCGCGUAGCCGGAAGUCCGUGGAGCCCCAGACAUGCGCGCGGCCGAGCCGUCGCCCACAUCUUUGGCGGUAUUAUCUCCAAUCCGCUCCGCAGCCGAAGAGACUGCUUCCACUGCUUCCAGUUUGCGCGAAUCUGUCUGAACUGCACAGAGCUACCCCUCUAACUAGAAUCAAGAAAAAUUUGGCUUUCGCCAGCAAAUUUCAAAACGCUAACGCUAAUGCUUUUUUGUUGGAUACGAAGAUCUUCUUCUGCAGUAGAAAACUUCAACAUACCGAGUAUAUGGCAAUGGGAAACACUUUCUCUGAAAACUUUUUUUUUUUGCCACAUAUAAAUUACCCGUCGCGGUGAGUAGAUGGCUUUUUGCCGGCAAAGAUCGACUGCGUGGCAACAGCGUCUGCAGUGGUAUCCUGAGCUCGCUAGCGUGACGGCAAGAAGAUUACCGCGCUCGGGGCUCACUGCGUCAUGGCUUUGGGUCCGGCGUGGCCGGCGUAAAUGUCGGAAGGCCAACCCCUGCAGUGCUGCCGCUUUAAUGAAAGCAAUACGCGGGCAGCCCAAGGCCGGACGUGCUGCGGGUUGGAGCCAGCAGCAGGCCCACGCCCCAGCAGGAGAAACAGGCGCCCGCGCGCAACUUCAAAAUAAUUCAAAUCCAUACGCGGCAGCGCUGACGACAGUGAUGCCAGGGCCGCGGCGCUCCUCCGGGUCUGGGUCUCGGGGUGCGGUUUUUCGCCCCAGCCUGUUUUGCCAGGAGGCUAGCAGAGUUCCCUCCUCGGCUGCAAGUCGAAGUCCUCGGGGGCCCCCCCGAGGGGUCCCCCAACCCCCCCCCUUUUGGGGCCUUUGCCGAGAGCUACUCCCCAUUGAUAUCUCCACGAAGGGGGGUCCCCCAAACCCCCCCCCUCAAGGGGGGGCCCGGCCGCGCUUUUUGUUUCCGCAAGUUUGCGGCUUUCGCAAGAAUGCGGCUGGAACAGUGACAGCGCGAAUUCGGCCAAGACGGGGAUCUGUACAUCAACCUGGCCCGGAACAAACCCAAAGACGCCGAAGUUCUCAGCCUGAUCUGUAUUUGUCUACUGGGGCACUUCGAAAGCUGGGGCGGGCGACGCCUAGAGGACACGCGCGUUUCAGACAGCCGCAUCUAAGCGAGCCACUCAGAAUUUCGCUGACUUACCGUGAGCCUCCGCGCCAUACACAAAGGCCGCGGUGGGGGCAUUGUGUGUCAAGUACCUUGAGGCCAGAGCGCCACGGACCGAAUCCAAGGCCGCGGCUACUCCGGCGGCCGCAUCUCUUUUGCGUCCCAGGUAGCUAGCUAAGUACCAAGAGCCGUCUACUCGCUUAGACAGAUCUACUCUGCGCGUGCCCGCUUGUAUGUCUAUGGAGUGCCGUGAGAUCAUAUGUGGCGAAAAAAAAAAGUUUUUUGAAAAAGUAUUUCCCGAGCGAAGAUCUUCUUCUGCCGAGAACUUCUACUUACCGAGUGAUCUGACCGCUUCUAUUACUGCCAAAUCGCCCCAGCUAUUAUAA